AUGGCGCUUUCCUGCAGAUACGCAGCCCAGAGCUGCGCCCGCCAGCUCCGUGCCAGCGGCUCGCUUCGUGCAUCGACGACCCUCUUCCAGACCCGUACUCCCACAACCGCCAGGAGGCACAACUCGACCGAGGCCGCGGCAGCUCCGACAAACCCCAAGAUCGCCGCCAUUGUCGACCAGAUCAGCACCCUUACCCUCCUCGAGACCGCCGACCUCGUUUCAAGCUUGAAGACCAAGCUCAACAUCCCCGAUCUCCCCGUUGGUGGCUUCGCCGCCGCCGCUCCCGCAGCAGCCCCCGCCGCGGCUGAGGAGGCCGAGGAGGCCGCACCGGCCGCCGCCGAGAAGAGUGUCUUCAACAUCAAGCUCACUGCAUUCGACGCCGGUGCCAAGGCCAAGGUCAUCAAGGAGGUCAAGAACUUGUUGGGUCUCAGCUUGGUGGACAGCAAGAAGUUCGUCGAGAGUGCGCCAAAGCUGAUGAAGGAGAACGUGGCGAAGGACGAGGCCGAGAAGAUCAUUGCCACGAUGAAGGAGCUCGGCGCCACCGUCGUUAUGGAGUAA